UGUUCACGUCUUAUUAUUUAACUCUGACUUAUUUUGACUUUAGAGGCUCGUUUCUGCUAAGUAUUCAAUCAUUUAAGCGGCCGAAAAACGUUAAAGUGAACCGUUAACCGACAAAAUCUCUACUUUGGCACAGAUCAGUCCAGAGACAUGGCACGACCGAUGGAAGACAGCCAUCGACGCUUCCUACAGACCAUGAUGGCCAAUGGCAUCGUUGAUGAACAAAGUGCAAGGACGCUCUAUCAAUAUUGUUGUGAAACCCACAACACACAGCACACCCCAGAUAAACUGGAUGAUUUCAUUGAAACCAUCAACUCAAAACUGCAGCCCAUGUUCAUGCAAAUUAGAAAAGGGAUGUCUGAAGACAACGGUCACCAGUUCUACGCCUUGGUGAACAUGGCUGAGACUGAUGUCACCAGGAUGUCGUCAGAUUAUGCUGACAAUGAGCUGGAGCUGUUCAGAAAAACGAUGGACCUGAUCGUGUGCUCUGAGAAUGGCAAGGCCUCCUCCACUGAUAUUCUGAACAGCGCCGACACCCUGACCACCAAAAAGCUGAAGAAGAGCGAGACCGAGCACCUCUUGAACCGACUCGUGCAUGACAAAUGGCUCAAUGAGAAACGGGGUGAAUACACUUUGUCCACCAGAUGUAUUAUAGAGAUGGAGCCAUACAUUCGCUCAAUGUAUCAGGACCAGGUCAAAGUGUGCCACAUCUGUCGCAACAUCGCUUUCCAGUGCCAAAUUUGUGAGAAGCCUACAUGUGGUAUAAAAAUACACAACCCCUGUGUGGCCAGAUAUUUCAAAGGAAGAGCAGAGCCGAGGUGUCCAGCUUGUGAUGACUUUUGGCCACAUGAAAUCCCUGAAGUCAGACGGUCCCGGUCUCAGUCCAAACAGUGAGGACUUCAGCAUCAAAUGUGUUUUUUUUGUUGUUUUUUUUGCUUGUUAAAGUUGUUUAGUAUUUUUUAACUUAACUUUGUAAUAAACCAAACUGUUAAUAUAAA